CUGGGUUUCUGGUAGCGUUUGCGUAAACGACUUAAACUACAUUACCCAGCAUUCCCCACGAGCCGUGCAAAGUUGACGUGUAUUUUGUUGGUGAACGGAAAAUUUCCCGUUUGUCGUCAUCCAGUUGUCAAAAGCCGGACACGGUUUCGACACAGCUUUUAAUACAUUUUUUGUGAAUUUUAAGCGUCCGUUGACUUCGUAACGGCUUGUGACGAUGGCCGGAGAAAUCUCCAUGAUUGGUUCGGUGAUUCUGGCCCUGUUCUUGGCUGGCUACCUGGGUCAGCAGUACCUGCCUCCCCCAAAACCCAAGGUGAUCGGUUUGGACUUGGGCACCACCUUCUGCUCCGUGGGGGUCUUCCACCCGGGCAGCGGGGAGGUGGAGGUGAUAGCGGAUGAAGAGGGGAGGAAGAGCAUCCCUAGCGCGGUCUCUUUCACCACCACCGCGGUGCUGGCCGGACACGAAGCCGUGGACCUAGCUGACAUCAACCCCCAAAACACCAUCUACGAUGCCAAAAGGUUCAUCGGGAAGAUUUUUGAGCCAGAGGUCCUAGAGAAGGAGAGCGCUAGGUACCCGUUCAAGGUGAUAAACAACAAGGGCAGUGCAGAGUUUGUGAUCUCCACCAACCACACCUUCACCGUUACCCCAGAGUUCAUCGGCUCCAGGCUGCUGCUGAAGCUGAGGAAGAUGGCUGAGCUACAGCUGGGUGUGGUGGUGCAGCAGGCCGUCAUCUCAGUGCCUGCAGAGUUUGAUGAGAGGCAGAGGGACUACACAGCGAGGGCUGCUAACCUUGCUGGCUUGGCAGUCUUACGUGUGAUCAACGAGCCCACGGCUGCAGCAAUGGCCUACGGCCUGCACAAGGUGGACGUGUUUAACGUGCUGGUGGUGGACUUGGGAGGAGGGACUUUGGAUGUGUCUUUACUCAACAAACAGGGAGGCAUGUUCCUCACUAGGGCAAUGGCAGGCAAUAAUAAUUUGGGAGGUCAGGACUUCAGCCAGAGGUUGCUCCAGUACACAACAGAGCGAGUCCGGCAGGAGUUUGGAGUCCCACCCACCCUCAAGGAGGACAUCCACCAUCUCCGGCAGGCUGUAGAAGCUGCCAAGCUCAACCUGACCCUCCAACCUAGCGUAACCAUCCGGGUGCCCCUGCACCUUCGCACUCUCGACAGCUUAGACAGCUCCACUCCGCCUCCAGUUCUCUUCCAGGCCGUAAUCACUCGCACGCUUUUCGAGGAGCUCAAUGAGGACCUCUUCCAGAAGAUUCUGGCACCUGUGGAGACCGUGUUAGCUGAGGGUCACUUGGACAAGGAGGAGGUGGAUGAGAUCGUUUUGGUUGGAGGCUCCACCAGGAUCCCGCGAAUUAGGAGGCUAAUUAGUGAGUACUUUGGAAAGGAGCCCAACACAUCAGUGGACCCUGACCUGGCUGUGGUCACCGGCGUGGCCAUACAGGCCGGCAUCAUGAGCGGCUCCUGGCCUUUACAAGUCAGUGCCAUAGAAAUACCCAACAAAAAUCUGCGCAAGACGAACUUCAGCUAAUCUCUGUUCCAGUGUUUUAUUAGUAUUUCAUGCUUCUUUAAUGCGCUUCUUUAACAUCUGCUGAUGGGAGGGAAAAUAAACACACACACAAUAAACCCGUCACCAAAAAGCUUACGAUGCACAGCGGUCCUUCUGCUCGGUUGUGGAAAUCGAGUGGACAUCAAAGAAAGCAGACGGUGUACUGAAACAACAUUCCUCUACAGCGACUUGUAACAUCAGAGGUGAACCGUCUGGUUUCACAUUCUGAGUAACAGCUGCUUUUGUUGUGCGCAAACUUGCAGUAAGACAGUGUCUCUGUCACGUAUCUGCUGCACCGUUCAGCUUCAGCAGUCGAGGCUUAGUGGCAUCAGAUACUUAACUUGUGUUCAGGGAACAGCCACACCUUUCGAAAACAUCAAGACUAGCCAGUACUGCUCUAGCUAUUUAUUUAUUUAUGUGUAAAUUGUGUAGGUCUGAUUGUGUUCGUGUGAGAGAGACAAUGCGUGUAGGUGUUUAAUUGACCUUUAAUUUGAGUUCUUAAUUAUGCACAUGCCUUUCAAAGGAGCUGCUACAUUGUUUGACCUGCUCCCUCAGAGGCCUUCGUCCUGUUCAUAAUUUUGUAGAAGUCACAGCAACUAAGUGAGACCAGUUAAAAUGUGUCCAUAUGCUUUUAAAACACUCAAAUGUAGUGUAACUGUGAGGUGCAGAGUUCAGUCAACAGAUGAAGGUACGUGCUGUGGAAAGCCUUCGUUUUUUUUUUUCGUUUUUUUACAGUACUGUAAAUCAUUAGCAUCGUGAGUAAAAUCCACAUAAGGUUAUUUGCCUUUAAAAGGGACUGAGGAAACGUGCUCAGUGUUGCACUUUAAGGACUCCACAUGUUGACCAAUGAGACUUUUUUGUGCAAUAGAGCUGCUUUAUUUAAAUAUUUGGGAGGACGGACUGCUUUUGCUGCUGUAGUUCAAGAUGAGGAUGACCAAAGCGUCACUCAUCGGUGCCUUGUGUGUUUGAUGCUGAGAAAUGUGUUCCUGUCACAUUUGGAUAUUUAAGAACGUGUUUGAACGAGAUACAAGAAAUUUUUGGUGUAUAUCCAAUUUGGAAGUUCAUCUCUGGAAAACAAACAGAAAAGCCGCUCUGAUAGUUUUACUUUAUUUCGACCAAGAAUUCAGUGUGCCCACAUUCCUUUGAAGUAUCGCAAACUGUUUCCCCCUCUGUUGUAAUUCAUAAAUAGGUGUAUUCACACCUGCUUUUGUAUUUCACAUUUUGAUGUGUUAGAGCCUCCAGUAAAGAUACUGUAUGAAUCAUUUCAAUUCCUAACAGGAAUAAUACCAGGAUCUAUUUUUAUAUUGCAACUUUCACCAAUUUUAAGUGUAUUUGCCUGAAAAUGUCAACAGUCUGCUUUUUGACCUAUUAAAAAUGAGUUUCCGUCUUCUUCACUGUC